AUGGUCACGGUCGUCAUCAAGAACCCCUCCGCGUCGUCGCCAGGCGACUUCAGGACGCGAGUGCGAGCGGCGGGCACGGUGGGCGACGUGAAGCGACAGCUGCAGGAAGAGUACGCGGGACACCCCGACCCGUCGCGACAGAAGCUGAUCGUCGCCGGCCAGCUCGUGAAAGACUCGCUCCUCGUCCGCGACGUAUUUAAACAGAAGAACCUGAGCGAGCCCCAGGUGAUGCACCUCGUCGUCUCUUCCGCUCCCCCCGGCACCUCCUCCGCGCCGUCCUCCGCGCCCUCUUCCGCGCCCUCCACGACUCACUCCAGCCGCUCCGUCUCCCCCACGCCCUCCUCCUCCGCGCGCGCCCACUCGCGCGCCACCCUCCCUGCCUCCAACCUCGCGCUUGCUCCUUUCCCUGCCGCGCCUGCGCCAAUCCCUGCGCCCGCCGCUGCCGCCGCCGCCUCACUGCAGCGCGCAGGCGCUGUCCCGGGGUCCGGGCAGGCGCACGCAGUGGAGGCGGACGGGACGGCUGUAGCGCCGGCCGCUGCAGCUGCGGCGCCCGCUGUGGCUGCUGCAGCCGCGGGUCCUGGCGCAGUGGGGGGGCUUACAGCGGGCGGGGGAGAGGCAGAAGGGCGAGCACCCACAGCAGCAGCAACAGCAGCAGCAACAGCAGCAACAACAGCUCCAGCUGUUACGCAGGCCGCUGCCGCUGCUGGGGGGGGAGAGCAGCAGCAAGCCAUCCUUCAGCUGCUCGGUGCGCUGCAACACACUGCGCCCACUGGCCUGCCGCCUCUGCCCUUCUCGCCUCUCAUGGCGCCGCCCCUGCCGGCCCUUCCGCCGCCAUACUCGCCUUUCACGCUGCCGCCCUUCAUGCUGCCUGCUGACUCUUCCAUGCCUGCAUCAGCCCUCUACCCACCUUUACUGCACUCCCCUCUGCUCCCCCUCACCAUGCCGCCCAUGCCCUUCCCCUUCGCUUUCCCUUUUCCCUGGCCCUCCCCUCCGCCCAUGCCCAUGCCGGGUGAUCCCCUCGCACCCAUCGCCUUUGCCCCUCCCAUGCCUCCCUUCGCCUUCCCACCCACCAUGCCUCCUCCGCACCCAUUCGCCAGCAACGGCAACAGCCCUGCCCCCCCUGUUGGCGCGCCUGUGCACACCCACCCGCACCACCCACCCACUGUGGGCCUCGCACCACCACCGCCCGCACCAGCGGCAGCACCUUUGCCUCAGGCAGGGGCAGCACAGCCCCAUCCCGCCGCCCCUGCUGCAGCGCCAGGUGCCGUGGGGGAGGAGGCGGCAGCAGCGGCGGCCGUGCAGCAGCAUGUGCGGCAGGCGGGCGCAGUGGGAGGGGUGGAGGAGGAGUGGCAGCAGCAGCUGCAGCAGCGGCUGCAGGCGGUGAUGCAGGCAGUGCGGCAGCAGCAGAUGGCAGAGCACCACGCAGCCAUGGCCGCUGCUGCUGCUGCCGCCGUUGCUGCACAGAGGGGGGGCGCAGGUGGGCUUGCAGGAGUGCCAGGAGGAGGCAGGGCGGCAGGGGAUGCAGCAGGGCAUGUGGGGGGCGGGGGCUACCGCCGCUUCUUUGCCCUCAUCGCUGCUGCUCUCUUCAUCUACCUGUACCAAGCGGGCGUGCUGGCGCCGCUGCUGCGAUGGCUCUCCCACCGCGCGCAGGCCGCCAUGGGCCUGCCUCCCCACCCCCCCCACGCCGCUGCUGCCCCCCACGCUGCUGUGCCACCUCAGGCUGGAGCCGGGGCUGCAGGGGGUGGGGGAGGGGCGGCAGGGGCGGAGGGAGGUGUCGGCGGGGCGGCAGGUGGUGUGCAGGGCCAAGCAGCGACGGUCCGCGCGCCGCUCGUGGCGGCUGUCAUGGCGUCCACCCACUCAGACGCCGCGGACUCCCAAUCGGACGGCUCAGAUUCUCCAAUUCUCGUGGAGCGACCGGGUCCGUCCGAUGUGACUACGGUUGGCGAACUGGCAGACAGGGAGGCCGCAGGGGGCGCAGCCGCUGGCGGGGCGGAGUCGAAGGCGGACGACUCGUCCGCGGAACCACCAUGCAGCGAUGGCGCGCCCGGCGAUCCGCGGAAGGAACGCGCGGAGCCCCCGGAACGCGCGGGGCAGGACGAGGCGGAAUCCGCAGCGGCGCUGGUGUCGCCGUCGAAAGCGCACGGGCGAGAGAGAGGCGCGGCGGGGUCGGGGCAGGGCGAGGUGGCGGCGGCUGUGGGGCAGGUGGCGGCGGGCGUGGCGGCGGGCGUGGCGGGUCUCGCGAGCAGCGCGGGCGCCGAGGCAGCCGCCGUCGUGAGCAGCCUGGGCGAGCGGCGCGUGGAGCAGGUGACAGGGCUGAGCACGGGCUUUGUGUCGCUCUUCAGUGUCUUUGACUCCGCUAUCGCCUACCCCUCCGACAAGCCCACUGCUCCCGCCGCCGCCGGGGGUGGCAGCAGCGCAGCGCAGGCAGAGGCGCACAAGGCCAGGGGGGGCAGUGAUGGCAGGGGGACGGGGGGCGCGGAGGAGGAGGGGCAGGUAGGGGCGGAGGGCAGUGCGCGGUCGCCCCACCCGUCCAGAGCCAUAGACCUGCAGGCCAUCUUUGGCCUCCCCACCCAUGAGACCCUGCUGGAAGCCUUCCCCUGUCGGCUGCUGCAGCUGUACCGACCAGUGUACAACACGUUCACGCCCGACAUGCGGAGGGCCUUCAGGGGCAUGCUCUACAUCACACACCAGCACGUCUGCCUCUGCCUUGACGACAGUGGACGCCGCAUCCCCAUAAAGCUGGAGGCAGCGGAGGUGGCGGGGGUGGGGAAGCAAGCAGCCAGGCGGGGCGACAGCAGCGACCAGCUCAAGAUCGACCUCUCAGGCGCGCACACCUCGCUGCUGCUGCAGGACUUCGCCUCCCCUGAUGCGCUGGACAGCGCUCUCGCUCUCCUCGAACACAUCACCUCCUGA